AUCGAUAUAUGAGCUUAACUGUGAAUGUCCCUGGCAGAGCGAAGGGUUCGAACAAGCGAGAUCACGUGCAACUGCGUGAUCCGACGAGGACGCUUGCUGGGAACAAGGCUGCACACGCGACGUAAGUACACUGCAAUAGCUUCGAAGGACCGUAAUACUUGCUCCUCCGUAGGGCUCUCAGGCAAGGGCUCACCAGCAUCCAGGGAAGCGCGCUCAAAACGGCACAUGGCGAACUUCCAUUCCGAGAGCAGUUUGCGCUGCUUUCGGGUGGCCAGGUCAAGAGUCUCCAUGCCGUGGCAGCAUCAGCGGCAGGAAACUCAAAAUUCUGCGGCAGUUGGGACAACCUGCCACCCCACGUGUACAAUCGUCGCGUUGCUGACGGCUCUGCAUGAUGGCGCCGCAUUCCUGCCAAACUCUAGUGAAUUGCCGUCAUAUCAAUUCAAAUUUCUACUACCUUGGAACAAGUCCUUCAUAUCUACGUCGUAUUGAGGAGGGACGGGAAUGCUUUGUUGCUUGUAGAGAUCUCUGAUAGCCGAACGGUAGCUUGCAAGUGUACUUGGCUUGUUCGACGUGUUUCGAUACAUCCACUCGAUAAACGUCAAAAACUGUUCGUACUGAAAUACGUGCAGAUCAAUGUUGCCAUCGGCCAGUAACAUGGACGCGUCGCCGUGGCUCAAGAUCCACUUCUUGAUCUGGUUGAGGCCGCUCCUGUACCCAGCCUUGGUGGACUUGGACACGCGCAUGUCCCGAAUGUCCUCCAGGGUCGAAGAUUGGCGCACAGUGUUGGACAUUUUUCACAAAGAUUUGUGACAUUAUCGCCCAAUCUUACGCGACCUUUUGCUGGAGGAUGGAUCGUCCUACAAAUUCGAUUCCUUCAGAGCCAAC